GCCAACAGGACACACAGCUCAACGGGCUGGAUAAGGAACCAAGAAAAAAGUAUCUGUUAGAGUCAUUUUGAUCUUUUCAUCUCUUUUCAUCUUGCUCUCUCUCUCUCUCUCUCUCUCUCUCUCUCUCUCUCUCUCUCUCUCUCUCUCUCUCUCUCUCUGAUUUUACUUUGUUCACUCUCUUCACUUUAUCUAGUCUUGACCUAUAACUUUAUGGACUCAGGCCUAGUUUAACGUUGCAAUAUCUGCGGGAUUCUGAGCAAGAUGUCAGUGCAGUUGACCUUUGUGGUUUUUGUCUUUCUGACCAUCAAUGGACUCUGCUCAGACACUUAUCAGGCCAAAGAUGCAAUGGAAGAAGAGAUACUAAGCAGCCUCUUUACUUCAGAGCUAGAACAGAACAGACACAGCUCCCCCCUGUGGCAGAUGCCUGUAAUUAACAUGUGCCGGAUGUUGGCGAGGGUUAGUGAGCCCUGGCAGGAGGAUUGGUACGCAAACAGGUUCCAGAAAGCUAAUGAUCAAAGGGUUUCCACUGCUGUGAGCCAAACAUCGCAGGAACUCUAUGACCUCCUGACCCUCUGCAGAAUCCUCCAUCCCAGAGAGCUUGACAAAGAAUACCUUGAAGUGGACCAGAACAGUGACAUGCCGCUGAAACGAAAAUCUCCAUAUAUUUUAAAGAGGCAACUCCACAGCAAGAAAGCAAGAAGGCCAUAUAUUCUGAAACGAAGUUCAUUUUACUGAACCCUAUGACCAUCAACAAACAGACACUUUACACAAAUAUGUUGCUAUUUUCCCAGUAGUAAAAACUAAGCUGGUUUACGUGUAUACUUUUGGUUUGCUCUAUCUUAUUGUCACACUGGAGUCUUGUCCCAUGUUUUCUUCUACUGAGGGA